AUGCAGAACAACGUGUUUGCUGUUUACUCGCACGUACAGAACAGCGUGUUUACUCACGUACAGAGCAGCAGCAUGUUUACUGCAUGUGAUUCUGCUAAUCCACCUGAAAGGGAAACAGAUGAAGUGGUUCUGAGGAGAAGACAAAAACAAAUCAAUUUUGGAAAGAAUACCCUUGCAUAUGACAGAUACAUUAAAGAAGUUCCAAAGAAUCAGCGAAUACCAGGAGUUCAUCCUAGAACUCCCAACAAGUUUAAGAAGUACAGCCGUAGAUCCUGGGACCAGCAGAUCAGUAGUACAGAACCCUCAGGCAGUUCCCAGGAAUGGUUCUGCAAAGAUCAGGAUGUUUCUGGCUCCUUUGUAUUUGAUGAAAAGCAGAAGAGAAAUGAAUGUGAAGAUGAAUGCAGACAGACUGACAACACACCAGAGAGUUCCUCGUCUCCUGAUUCUUCUCCAGUAUGGAAACGCAGAAGAAGAAACAAUUCUGACUCCUCUCUGGUUUCAAACAGCAAAAACCAUUAUGUGCAUAUGUACCACACACUAGAAAGUCUCACUGAACCAGGACAUCGGGAGGCUUUUUCACAGUACUCAGAGUGGGAAACAUUUGGUGAAAAUGACGAAGUAAUGACAGCACAACACGGGAUAGAAAUAACAAGUUUUACAACACCAGAAGGCCCUGGACCCCUUUCCCGGUGUUCAGAUUGGGGAACUGCAGUGGAAGAAGAUGAAAUGAGGACCAGCGUUAACAAAGAAAUUGCAAGAUACAGAAGAAAACUCCUGAUAAAUGAAUUUUCAAGAGAAAGGAGGUCCUCCUCUGGAAGUUCUGAUUCAAAGGAGUCCGCUGUAACAGUAGAACUUGAGACGGAUGAAGUGGUUUUGAUGAGAAGACAAAAACAGAUAAACUACGGAAAAAACACAAUUGCAUACGAUAGAUACAUUAAAGAAGUUCCUAGAUGCCAUCGUAUACCAGGAGUUCAUCCCAGAACUCCAAAUAAAUUUAAGAAGUACAGCCGUAGGUCAUGGGACCAGCAGAUUAAACUAUGGAAAGUUGCAUUGCAUUCCUGGGAUCCACCUACUGAAGAAGGAUGUGAUCUGCAAGAAAUUAGUCCUGUUGACCUUGGUGAGAUGGAGACAGCAUCUGUCAGAAGCAAUUCGACUGAAUCUCAGACGAGCUGUCAAGAUAAUGAUGAUACCUGUUCUGGCACUCCCACCAACGUCAGACAUGUCAACUAUCGAGCAGAAGGUGAAUUUGACUUGGAAGUGUGUUUGAGUGAACCACUGAAAGAUUUUGAUACUGUGAGUUAAAUAGUCUCGUGCAAACUGUUUUAGGGGAAGUUUCUUUUAAAUUUGAGA